AUGCCACUGGGAGCAGCCAAUCCCAACAGCCUCCUCAAUACAAAUCCACCUAUUUCCGUUGUUGGCACCGUCGGUGGUGUUGGCGGACCCAUCAAUCCCACCACCGGCGCCUCUGCACCAGCUUCCAACCCCAACUCUGCAACUUCCAACACCGCCACCUCCACAACAACAACGACAACCACCACCUCAACCGCCGGCACAAUAUCACCAAACUCACUGCUAUCGUCUCCGAUGUCCGGAGACAAGAGGACGCGUGGACGUCCCAGAAAGAAUCCACCACCCGAGCCACGCGACCCAAGUACACCGAAGCGCAAACGUGGACGUCCACCCAAGUUGGACAAAGACGGCAAUCCAGCGCGCGUCUCACAGCCACCUAGCACACCAGGCUCCAACGGCAAGAAACGUGGACGUCCCAAGAAGCACAAGGACGAAGGUGGUGACGACGACGACUCGAGCGAGUACAAUGGUGACACCGACGGCGGCGACAACACACCAAAGAAACGAGGUCGUCCAUCCAAAAACAAAUCCGUAGACGGACAAUCACCACUACGCUCGCCACAAUCACCAUCAUCACUGCCAUCCACACCCAACAAACUUCCACCACUCAACGGCAGUGGAGAUCCACAAAAAUCAAAUAACUAUACAGCAGAGUAUCUUACCAUUCGACAAUUGUUAUUGCAACGGCAAACUCUUAUAGGGUUCUCUUACAACUCACCGACAAUUUAA